AAAUUCUUAAACCUUCUCCUCAACUUAAAUCAAAAUGGUCAGAGACAGUUUCUUACCUUCCGGAAGAGAUGAAACCUAUGGUAAAUUAGCUGAAGAAGUUAGAUCUUCUGUUGUUUCACCACUCUCUAAACUCACUGAUGAACAAAAGAAGCUCAUGGAAGACCUUCGUAAGAUUAGUGAAACUUGGAAUUUGGAUGAAGAACAAAAGGCCUUCCUUGAUGACAUGUGUCUCUUCCGUUAUCUUUCUGGUUUGCAAUGGAAUAUGGAAGUUGCCUCCAAGCAAUUGAAGGAAACUAUGGAUUGGAGAGCUUCAUUCCGUCCACAAGAUAUUAGAUUGAAGGAUCUUGAACCAAUUGCCAAGCAAGGAUUCCUCUACCAUUAUGGUUAUGAUAAGUCUGGUCGUCCAAUUAUCUACUGUCUCUUGGGUAAGGACACUGCUGACAAUACUGAAGAAAAUAAGAAGAUGAAGUUCAAACUCUUCGUCUACAUGAUGGAAAAGUGCAUCAAGAGAAUGCCAGAAGGUGUUAACAAUAUUGUUUGGUUGGUUGACUUGAAGGACUCAUCACUCUCAAUGGGUUUGGUCAAGGAAAUGAAGGAUACAUUCGUGCAAUUGGGUAAUUAUUACACUGAAAGAUUGGCUCGUACUAUGGUUCUCAAUGCUGGUUGGACUAUUUCAAUGAUCUGGGCUUUCGUCAAGCCAUUCUUGGCCAAGGAAACUGUUGAAAAGUACGUCAUGCUCAAGGGUAACGAUAAGGAAAUUUCUGAAACUUUUGAUAAAUACAUUGAAAAGAACAUGUUAGUUAAGGGAUUCGGAAGUGGUUCUGCUGAGUACACAUUUGAUAUUCAAAAAUUGAUUAGUGAAGAAACUGAGGAUGAAGAAGAAUUAAGAAAGAGAGAACAAUAAGUUCAUUUGUAAUAAUGCUGCAAAAUUUUGCCAACUAAAUUAUUUUUAAAUUG